AUCUUCUUGGUGUAUUUUGAUGUCACAAUUUGCACAGGAACUUCUUCCAUUCGAACAAGCAGUUGUUGAUAGUCGAAUCCACCUUGGUUUCUCCUGUCCGAUUACUAGAUAUUGGUUUGGGUCGCUAUACGCGAAAGCGGGAACCCUGCCAGGAUGCCGAAGCAGAGCUCAGUUCGUGUACUUACCGUAGACUCCGAAUUGGAGUUCACCAUCCAGGCGACAACGACUGGCAAAAACCUCUUCGAGCAGGUCUUGAAGUCCAUCACCCUCCGUGAAGUAUGGUUCUUCGGACUCCAGUAUGUGGACACAAAAGACAGCGUCGGAUGGCUGAAGAUGGACAAGAAGAUCCUGUCCCAGGAUAUCAAGAAGGACAAGGACGGCAUGAUUUCUCUUGACUUCCGUGCAAAGUUCUAUCCUGAGGAUGUCGGUGAGGAGCUUAUCCAAGAAGUCACUCAGCGGUUGUUCUACCUUCAAAUUCGUGAGCUCAUUUUGAAGGAAGACAUCUACUGCCCACCUGAGACCGCAGUGCUGUUGGCUUCAUACGCAGUGCAUGCUAAGUUUGGUGACUAUGACAAGAGCACCCACAAGCAAGGUUUCCUGGCUGUUGACAAGAUCCUGCCCAAGAGAGUUCUGGACCAGCAUCAUCUGGAUAUGAACGAGUGGGAAGAGCGUAUUGUCACCUGGUACUCCGAGCACCGUGGCAUGCUCAAGGAAGAUGCUAUGCUGGAGUACUUGAAGAUUGCUCAGGAUCUUGAGAUGUAUGGUGUUAACUACUUCGACAUCAAGAACAAGAAGGGCAGCGAGUUGUACUUGGGUGUGGAUGCUCUUGGUCUGAAUGUAUUUUCCUCUGGCGACAAGCUUACCCCAAAGAUUGGUUUCCCAUGGAGCGAAAUCAAGAACAUCUCCUUCAACGACAAGAAGUUUGUCAUCAAGCCCAUUGACAAGAAGGCGCCGGACUUCGUCUUCUACUCUCCACGCCUGAAGAUCAACAAGCGCAUUCUCUCCUUGUGCAUUGGCAACCACGAGCUGUACAUCCGUCGCCGUGACAAGGACAGCGUUGAGAUACAGCAGAUGAAGGCCUCUGCCAAGGAGGAGAGACUCACCAAGCAGUUGGAGAAGGCCAAGCUCAACCAAGCCAAGCAGUUGCGUGAGGAGUCUGAGCGCCUUCGCCUCGAGUCUGAAAAGCAGCAGAAGGAGAUGUCCGAUAGACUCGCCACAUUGGAGGCAGAAUCACGUGCGAAGCUCGAGAAGCUUGAGGCUGAUGCGAAGUCUGCUUCAGAUGCGCUCGAGGCUGCCGAACAGGCACGCAAGCAAGCUGAGAAGCAGAAUGCCGAGCUGGAUGCGGCCAAUGCUGAAGCAAGAGCUCAGGCUGCAGCUGCUUCAGCGGAGGCAAGGAGACAAGCUGAGGUUGCUGCUGCUGCCGCCAAGGCUCAAGCCCAGGCUGCAGCUGACGCCAAGGCAGCGCAGGCCGCUGCCAUGGAGGCUGCCAGAGCAGCAGAGGCUGCUGCAGCGGCGGCAGCUACAAGGGUGGUGCCCAUUGCAGUUCCAGAAAAGCCAGAAUCCAUCGUUUCAUCCGCAGUGCUGGCCAGUGAUAUCGAUGUCGGUGAUUCUGAUGCUGGCGGAAAGGAGCUUGCUUCCACUCUGGAUGCAUCUGUUCUGGCCAAGCAUGACAACGACAAGCUGUCUCUGGCUGAGAAGAACCGCAGGAUGCAGGACCAGCUCAAGAAAUUGGGAAGCCAACUGGCCACCGCCAAGGAUUCCAGCAAGCUGACCAAGACCGACAUGCUCCACCAGGAGAACCAGAAGGCCGGACGUGAAAAGUACAAGACACUGCGACAGAUCCGCUCUGGAAACACGAGAUCAAGAGUGGAUGAGUUCGAGAACAUGUAAAUCUACAGCAACCCUUUAGGGUGACUCUGUCUUUCUCCCUCUUUCUGUUGAAAAGGACCCUGAACUCCUCCAUGAAGCUAAUGUCUCUGCUUGAUUCUAGUCAUAUUUAUCCAAUUAUUCCUUUUUCUAGGGCUUUCCAUAUCAUUUCACAUUGCAAAGAAUCCAUUAUACCAUACUGAACAUUUCUGCUGACAUGUGUGAAGCUAAUCUGAUGAGACGAUAUCGUCGAAGUUGCCCCCUCUGUGGGCGAAACCCUAUCACUGUGAUCGUGAACUUUGGACUGUGGCUUAUUAUUGUACUAGGUGUGUGUUCAGUGAGGCCAGGCCUGCAGUGUGCAGUCAGUGCUGGAGUAUUUUUUUGCUUUAAUAUCAAGAUUAUCCGGAAUAAUGAC